GCGCGAAUCCCCUAUAUACAAGGAGUCUUACCCGGGGAUCCGUAGUAGAGAGUCGAAUCAUCGGACUCGGCGAUCUGUGGUAGGUAGCCCUUUAAGAGUAGGAAAAGGCAGCGCGGGUGAAGAAGCGGCUCCAUACUGGGGAGAUAACUUGGAGAUUGUUAAGAGUUUCGCCGGCAAAGGGCAAUAUUCUCGCCUUCUUGUCUAACCCAAUAAGAACUAAAAUAAAGGAGUUUAUCUUACUUUCUGGAACGAAGCCUAUUCAGGCGUCAGGCGGAUAGAAUCAUUUCGUAUUGUGUGACAAACCUUUUCAAAUAAAGCAAUUUCAAAACAGAAUAGAAUAAGAAUAAAAGGCUUAGUUUGAGUUCUGACUAUAGCUGCAACCUAUCUCAUAUUGGGGAGACGAUCAAACUCGAAAUUUCAUAAGAGAAUAAAUCUCUGACGCCUAAAACUCCCAUGCCUUUCUUGGUUGGCCCAAGGCUUGGAGUAUCCAAGACAAGUCUUUCUUCAUUUUUAGAGGAAGAAGCGGAACUACAAGAAAGCUUUCUUUAUCUUUGAUUUAUGGAUAACCAAUUCAUUUUCAAAUAUAGUUGGGAGAUUUUACCCAAGAAAUGGGUCAAAAAAAUGGAAAGAUCGGAACAUGGGAAUAGAUCUGAUACCAAUACGGACUACCCAUUUCAAUUGUUGUGCUUUCUUAAAUUGCAUACCUAUACAAGGGUUCAAGUUUCGAUCGAUAUUUGCGGAGUUGAUUAUCCCUCUCGAAAACGAAGAUUUGAAGUGGUCUAUAAUUUACUGAGUACUCGGUAUAACUCACGCAUUCGUGUACAAACCAGUGCAGACGAAGUAACACGAAUAUCUCCGGUAGUAAGUCUAUUUCCAUCAGCCGGCCGGUGGGAGCGAGAAGUUUGGGAUAUGUUUGGUGUUUCUUCCAUCAAUCAUCCGGAUCUACGCCGUAUAUCAACAGAUUAUGGUUUCGAGGGUCAUCCAUUACGAAAAGACCUUCCUCUGAGUGGAUAUGUGGAAGUACGCUAUGAUGAUCCAGAGAAACGUGUGGUUUCUGAACCCAUUGAGAUGACCCAAGAAUUUCGCUAUUUCGAUUUUGCUAGUCCUUGGGAACAGCGUAGCGACGGCUAAUUCCAAAUCAGACACAGAAUAGGUCCAGUCCAGGAGACAAAUCAAUAGGAAAUGCUAUUGAUUUUUUUCGUAAGAAUAAGAAUUCACUUCUAUGAAAUGAAAGAGUUUCACCGGAAUUGCCUUGAUCGUCGGAUAUCAUGAGAAAGAAAUAGGAAGAACGAACGAUUUCCUGCAAUUCUUUCCAAUAUGGAAUGAGUAAAGAAUCAAGCUACAAGUCUCGAUCUAUACGAAAGGCACUGGUUUUUUUGUCUUUCUUUCGGUUUCAUUGAUAGCAGAAAAACGGACUCUAACUCUAUAGGGGCGCUAGCGCUUGACUAAUAAAAAAAUGGCAAGAGAAAUAUCGAUGGAGGAAAAGAGGGCAGGGAUUCUCUACAAUGACACUGUAGACCAAUUGAAAGGGAUGUAGCGCAGCUUGGUAGCGCCUUUGAGGAAAUGUCACGGGUUCAACAAAUCCUGUCAUCCCUACCUAUUCUUCUCCUCUGGGCAGUAACGAGGGAUCCAUUGAGAUCGAUUCAAAUUGGAUAUACAUAUUUGGACUAUAUACAUGCAAGAUGUGUAUUGGGGGUACAAAAAGAAUCCUUUUUCUUUACAGUCGUAUCUACUGUGAUAAGAAAGCGUUCUUAGUUCAGUUCGGUAGAACGUGGGUCUCCAAAACCCGAUGUCGUAGGUUCAAAUCCUACAGAGCGUGAUUUUUUCUUCAUGGAUCAAGAAGCCUAUAAGCUAUGUAAGCUAAGAUGGGGAGAGCGCUUUCUCCCCGACGGCAGUCAGAUUAGAUUAUAUAGGGUGACUUAGCUUUGAAUUUUCUUCGCAAAGAAGAAAAGAAGGAGACAACAGAGAACAAGUACUAAUCCACCAGCUUUGAACAUAGAUGCUGGUGCACAUCGAUGCUAACUUCGUUCCAUCGCCUUACUUACUACAUCUCGGCUUUAGCCUCUCGAGAGUAUGCUUUCCCGCUUUCUUCUCAUAGGUUCGUGGAAGUUCCUUUCCCGGCUUUAGUUUAGAGAGGAAGUAUAAGUAUAAUAGUCAGACGUUCAUGGCAUCUAGGUCAAGUCAACCGACAAAGCGGCUCUUCAUCCGUCGGUUUUACUGGAUCUUGCUAUGGCUGUGACUAUGGAUUCACUUCUUUCUUUUUAUGGGAAAUCCUUCUAUCAAGAUCUCCACUUUCAGUUCUACUUCGGGGAUAUCAACCCACCUACUAGAAAGCGCUUCAGCAGGCAGAUUCAACUUAUUCUUCCAACUCUGAUCUCACCAAUACUAAAUUCAACACCCUGUAGCUGUAGGGAACCGGAAUACAAGCCUUUACGGAAAAGAUUCAUAUUUUGCCGGGAAGAUUUGAGGAGAUCAAUUCACACAAGGGAAAGACACCAGUCCUGGAUUCAAUUCAAGAGUUCCUUCUUUCUUUCAUUAAGUUCGUUCGGAGAAGACGAGUAUAGUCUUAAGUUCCCUUAUUCCUUUUUGAUGUUGUUAAGCCAAGAGCGCAAAGCGUAUGCGCGAAAUGAGAGCUAGAGGAAUGGGAAGACAAGAGAAUGCCCGGGUACUCCAUCUACCAAAAGAAAUGAUUGAAAUAGAGCGAAGAAUGGAAAGGCAGGCUGCGAAGGCGCUGACUCAAAGGCUGAUAGGAUUGAACUGAAA